UAAGUGAAAGAACUAAAAACUGCACAUACCUACCUACCUUCCGUUCCGGCUACUAGUAUCAACUCUCCUCUCCAGGCUCUCCUCAACAGCAGCAUCGACUUUUUUCUUUUUUGAAUUUUUUUUUUUUGGAUUGGUACGGCGAACGGGCAGAGAGAGGGUGGGACGCCUGGACGGGGUUUUGGGGAAGUCUUGUCUUGAAAGCCUCCCCCCCCACCCAAACCCCCUGCUUGCCGGAAAUGGCCACCAUGGCUCAGCUCCGCUACUCUCCGCUUCCCGCCCAUUUUCAUAACAAUCGCCUUAAUCAUCUCCUCUUUCCAGCCCCCAAAUUUCCCCUCCCUCCUACUUGUCCUAAUUCCUCCUCUGCUAUCUCCUCCCCUUCUCAAUCUGCUUUGCAAUUAUACGCCUCCUCCUCUAGGGAGCCCAGGUUUCCACCCGCCUUUGCCGCCGGCGGUGAUAGCGGCAGCAUCGGUGGCAACCGGGGUUUGGGCGGCGGCGGCGGCCCCCCUGAUGAGUCCGAUUCUUCAUCAUCACCUUCCAACUCCUCCUCUGAUGAUGAUGCCGGAUUCGGACCCAUCGGGGCUUUUCUCAGCGGCUGGAGAUCGCGGGUGGCGGCAGAUCCGCAGUUCCCUUUCAAGGUACUCAUGGAGGAGUUGGUGGGGGUGACAGCCUGCGUGCUUGGGGACAUGGCAUCUCGUCCUAAUUUCGGCCUGAAUGAGUUGGAUUUCGUUUUCUCCACUCUCGUCGUCGGCUCCAUUCUCAAUUUCGUGCUCAUGUAUCUCUUGGCACCCACCGCAGGGGUUGGGGGCGCUCCUUCUUCUGGCCGUCUCCCCUCUAUUUUCGCCUCCUGUCCUCCCAGUCACAUGUUCGAGCCGGGAGCUUACGGCGUGUUGAGUCGGAUGGGAACUUUUGUGUACAAAGGCACCCUCUUUGCAGCUGUGGGUUUCGCCGCCGGACUCGUGGGAACUGUCAUCUCCAAUGCCCUGAUUAAGAUGAGGAAGAAGAUGGAUCCCAAUUUUCAGACUCCCAACAAGCCUCCUCCGACGCUUUUGAACGCUCUCACCUGGGCCGUUCACAUGGGCGUCAGCAGUAACUUUAGAUACCAAACCCUCAACGGCAUCGAGUUUCUGCUUGCCACGAGCCUUCCCUCUUUUCUCUUCAAAAGUUCCAUCGUCGUUUUGAGGUGCUUAAACAAUGUUCUUGGAGGAAUGUCUUUUGUCGUACUGGCCAGGUUAACAGGAUCACAGGCUGCUGCUGCUCCUCCUCCUUCGUCUUCCACUGCUGCUGAGCUGGAACAGGAACAACAACAACUAGUCAAGGAGGAGGAGGUGGGUGCCCGGAAAGGUGGUGCUGCAGCUGGAGAUGCUCUGCCUGCUGACAAAGUCAAGUUGAUCAAUGACGGAACAGGAACAGAAGCAAAACAAUACUAGUACUAGCACUAGCACUAAUAAUAAUGUGUCUGCUUCCUUCUAAGUAAUUUUUUUAGCUGCCCAGCCAAUUCCCUUUUUUCGCAGUUGAGGAUUUUUCCUAUCAUCAUUAGUAGUUCGUGUCUAUCCAUAAAAAUGACAAGUUUGUUUUGUUUAUGAAUUCAAAGAUGGUUGUCAAUUCCUCGUCUUUUUUUUCCCCCUCCCGCUACUUUGGAUCCUCGACUGCCUUAAUUGCAUUGUACUAUUUGUUUUUAAUCGAUCAUGUACCGCUGAGGCUGCAAAUUACGGUCUCAGCACUGAGUUCAGCCUUUUCUUCGUAGUCUUUGAUACUACUACUAUUCUUAUGCCAAGAUUUCUCUUGCAACCA